UGAAACCUCUCUGACCUAAGUCCCCUAGUCCCGAGUCCCCUUGAAGCUGGAAAUUUGGACCGUGACCAGAGAACCCGAAAGGGGAUGAAAACACUAGGAGACUGGGUCGCAACAUUCAAACACGGGGCUCAGGGCGAUAAUGACAGUUUCCAGGGGGAUUGUGACAGAACUGCAUUCCACUCCUCCCAACCGACGCCCAAGUCGCCGCUCCGCACUGGGGGAAGGGAGCGCCGGCCCGGAUCCGGGUCCCCGCAGAGAGGAAGCCCUGGGAGCCCGGAGCCCAGGCGGUCCGGUUCUGGGCGGCAGAAGGACUCAACCGGGACUUUCCAAAAGUUGCCGCGGGGCCUUCCGAUCCCCUCGGCCAUCUCCCAAGGCUGGCCAGGCUGAUGGGGCCAGCGAGGAUUCUCUGCACCUUGACAUUGAGAAGCUGAAGGAGAAGAGGGACGUGCUGGACAAGGAGAUCUCCCAGUUAAUAUCUGAAGGCUACAGUGUGGAUGAGCUGGAGGACCAUAUCGCCCAGCUCCACGAGUAUAACGACAUCAAAGAUGUGGGCCAGAUGCUGCUGGGCAAACUAGCCGUGAUCCGAGGUGUCGCCACCAAAGAGUUGUAUCCAGAAUUUGGCCUGGACGUGAGUGACUGAGCGGAGGCUCCCACGCCUUGUCCACGGCCACCGGAACAGGCGAUGAAGUGCCAGCAGCCCUUUUCCAGGGAGCCCGGGGAGGCAGACGGUGUGUUUCCAGCUCCAGGACUCCUGAGGUGGCCCAGUGAUAUGUGUGUAUGUAUGUACGUUGUCCUAUUUGUAAAUAAACAUGUAGAUAAUCUU